AGCCCGCCCGCCAAGGUCCCUACUACUUAAAUAGUUAAAUUCCGAGCCAAGGUCCCUCCUCAUAGCUAGCUACCGCGAUCGACCGCCAUGCGGCUCUACGUGUACGUGCUCGAGGCGCGCGGGCUACCGGCGCCGCGUCAGCGCCGCGGCGGCGUCGUGCUGUUCUACGCGAAGGUGACGGUGGGGAAGCAGCGGUUCCGGACGCGGGCGGUGGAGGCGUCGGAUCUGGGCGGCGCGGCAGUGGCGGCGGCGUGGAACGAGGAGUUCGUGUUCGCGGUGGGGUCGGACGGAGCUGCUGGGGGCGAGGAGCUCGAGGUCGCCGUGGCGCGGCGGGGAGCGAGAGGGAGGGAGGUGGUGGGCACGGUCAGGCUGCCCGUGCCGGCCGCCACCGCUGCUGCUGGUGCCCCGGGGGAGAGGCGGUCCGUGCCGCCGACGUGGUUCACGCUGCAGCUGCAGCGACGGCGGAAGGGCGUUGUCGGCGUCGACGGUGGCGACGAAGCCGCGGCGGAUUGCGGGAAAAUUCUCCUCAGCUUUUCACUCUACGGAGAAAACAACGUCAACUCUGUCGUCCACACCGAUGCCGAAGUGGAGAGAUCACUUGACAUGGAACAUUCAAGUUGUAACAAUGGUGGGGUGGUUGAUUCUCCCAGGAGCCAUGACACAGAUAACUCUGAGCAUUUCACACAAGAAGAUUGCAAUUCAAUUACUGAAGUUGAUGACCUAGCGGAGACUAGCACUACGGCAACAGCAAACGGUGCGAGUGACACCGAACGUAUGGUCCCAGAUGCUGCUGCUAGCUUCUUCGAAGAAGCUAUGGAGAUCAUGAAAUCUAGAAGAAGCACACCAGAAUUGCCACAAGAUCUCGACGGCGGCAUCAUAUUUGAGCACGCUUAUCUUGUGGGGUCGAAAGAGCUGAACCAUCUUCUGUUCAGACCUGACUCUCAGUUCUUCAAAGACGUGCGCGAGCUUCAAGGUACCAUGGACUACGAGGAGCAGCCGUGGACAUGGAAGAGCGCGGAUCCUCCUAGCUUAACUAGGACAUGCCGAUACACCACAGGCGCAUCUAAUAAGUUUAUGAAAGCCGUCAAGACCAGUGAGGAGCAGACGUACCUUAGAGCAGACGGCAAGAGUUUUGUGGUCACGGCUCGUGUCCGUACUCCCGAAGUGCCCUUCGGGAACUGUUUCGCAGUCGUCCUGCUCUACAAGAUAGUCCACAGGACCGGCGAAGAAGGCGCGCAUCUGACUGUAUCAUACAACGUAGACUUCCUUCAGAGCACCAUGAUGAGAAGCGUGAUCGAGGGGAGUGUUCGAGACGGGCUGAGAGAAAAUUUCCAGGGUUUCGCUCAAGUAUUGUCUAGGCAUGUUGUUGAAGUGGCCGGUUCUGUCGGGAUGAGCAAAGAGCAGUUGCUGGCGCCAUUGCAGGUAGAACACCGCCAGUCAGAUAUCAGGCUCGCUUACAGGUACUUUUGCAAUUUCACUGCCGUUUCGACGGUGCUGUUUGCACUGUAUGUUCUUGUGCACAUCUUUCUGUCAGGACCAGCAGGCCUUGAGUUCAGUGGUCUAGAUCUACCUGACUCAUUCGGAGAGCUGAUCACAGCUGGCGUACUAGUCCUCCAAUUGCAGCGCUUACUGAAUAUGGUGACCCAUUUUGUAGAGGCAAGGUUACAGAGAGGAAGUGAUCAUGGGGUUAAAGCAAAUGGUGACGGUUGGCUGUUAACUGUUGCCCUGCUAGAGGCCACAAGCUUGCCACCUGGAUCGGUUGACCCUUAUGUUGUGCUCAGCUGUAAUGGCAUAACAAGAACAAGUUCUGUCCAGCUUCAGACUCUGGAACCUCAAUGGAACGAGAUAAUGGAGUUUGGCGCCAUGGAAGAAGCACCUGCCGUGCUGGACGUUGAAGUUUUCAAUUUCGUUGGUCCAUUCGGUGUGGCGAUUUCCAUUGGACACGCUGAAAUUAACUUCCUGAAACACACAUCAGUAGAGCUGGCAGACAUAUGGGUGCCGUUGCAAGGAAAACUCGCGCAGACAUGUAAGAGCCGGUUACAUCUGAGAGUAUUUCUAGAGAACACGAAAGGACCGGAGACAACAAUGAGAGAAUACAUGAGUAAGAUGGAGAAGGAGGUUGGUAAAAAGUUGCAUGUGCGGUCGCCUCACAGGAAUUCUACAUUCCAGAAGCUCUUUAAUCUGCCACAGGAAGAAUUCCUUAUAGCGGAUUACGCAUGCUCUUUGAGAAGAAAGCUGCCUUUGCAGGGGAGGCUGUUUGUGUCCGCCAGAAUAGUUGGCUUCUACGCUAAUCUGUUUGGACACAAAACGAAAUUCUUCUUUCUAUGGGAAGACGUGGAGGAGAUCCAAGUGCUACAGCCAUCUUUCACAACGGUAGGCACCCCGUCUCUGCUGUUCAUUCUGAAGAGUGGCCGGGGACUCGACGCGAAGAGUGGUGCAAAGUCCCAAGACAAGGAAGGGAGGCUCAAGUUUCAGUUCCACUCCUUUGCAUCGUUCAGCAAGGCUAGCAGGACAAUAAUUGGUCUGUGGAAAUCGAAAUCGUCGGCCGUUGAACAGAGGGAAGAGCAUCAUGAAGAAGAUGCGAGCUCACUUGAUCUUGAUUGACGAUGUUCAAGCGGUGUUGAGCAUUAUUAAUGGAGAUGUACCUCUCUCGGAAGGAGUAUACUUUGGAACACCCGAUUGGUGUAUGUACGUGAGAUAAACGACAAAGCAAAAAUAAAAAGCAUAAUCGAAUUCAGCAUGCGGCUAGCUAUA